GUGUGCUUAUACGCAUUAAAGAGAAUUGUUUAUACUAAUGCAGAAUCAAUUAACAUCAUCUACAGAUAAAACAAAUGACUUGCCUGAAACUACAAAAGCUCUCUUGCAAUACCUGGACACGCGAACCUUGCAUUUAGAGGAGGAAAGGCGACAAAUGCUUUCUGUACUCGAAAGACUGAAACAAGACGAGGUCAAGCUUUUAGAAGUAUUAAACAAGGCUGAGAGUGAAAAUCCAGCUACAGAGCAGUAAUUAAAUUAGCACGGCUAAGGAAUAGGUAUCCUUCGUCUUUUCAAUUUUAGCAUUAUAUAGUACAAAAUUAAACUUCAGACUGGUCCAGCAAGUCUCACAGAUCUCAUUACUUACAUUGUUUUGCUUAUUUGAAGUUGGAAUAGUACAUCGUUU